GGAAUCGCUCGAACCGAAAGUACGAGACGCAGAAGACUCCAAAGCUAUGUCACCACCAGCUCCGGUGCUAGCACUUUCCAAGCGUCGUCCUGUCUUGGCUCAGCAGCCUUCUGUGCUCCAAGCCCCUCAAAUCGAUGUUCUCCGCCCUCAAGGGCAAGAAAAUGCAUUUGCUUCCAACCUCAAAGUCGACCCUCAAACACUUGUCCCAGGCAGUGGACAGGCCCUCCAAGAUUCAUAUCCACAGACAGAUGUCCCCAAGAUCGACGUCAAGUUUUACCUCCAUAACGCGUGUCGAACCUUUACGACAGAGAAAGACGUCGUGGAGAUUGCCCUCUCCAUGGAUCCUCAAGCCAUUUGUCGCCAAGAGGACCAUAACGGUGCGCCCUCCAAGGCCAAGAAGGGAAGGGAGACCAUCACCUUCCUCCCUUGGAAGACCUUUACUCCUCGGGCAGAACGAUACUCGUACCCUGUGAAUGUUGCACUUCAGAACAAGGCCAGCAUGGACGUCAUGUCCGUUUUGGUGUAUUCGGGUCCAGAUGUCUUGCUCCAACAAGAUGGAUAUGAUCAAAGAUGCUCGCUAUCGAUUGCUCUUUCUCACAAUCCAAAGGAUCUGGAUCUGAUCGAUCUGGUGUUGUUUGCCAACAUGAAGGCCAUCAAUCUCCAAGAUCCAAAACUCAACUACCCAUUGCACGUUGCCGCCUCCAAGGGAGCAAGCGUCGAUGUGUUGAAACGUUUGUACACAUACUUUCCAGCUGCCCUUUUAAAGCCGAACUUGAACGGUGAAACACCCUAUGACAUUGCGCGACGUUCCAUGUUGGUAGACGAAAGAGCUCUCAAGUUUUUGCAAAAGAAACACUUUGAAGGAUGCCUGCAACGAGCCCGACGCAACUUUGGCCAAGUUCCAAAGAAGAGUGUCAACACUCCAUUGCCUCGUCCCGCCUAGCUAGCCAGAGCUAGGUACGCUAGACUACUCAAGCUACAUGCACAAUGAACUCCCUCGUCC